GCAGACCUAGACGGAUUAGGGUGUUACAGCAUAUACUAAUUGGGUUCAUUCCAAAAUUGACGAGUCAUGAUAUUCCACGAUUGGGUUAAUAUGGUCAUUUGGACUAAACAUUCAAUUAGUCUUAAGAUGAAACUGAAAUGUUUGAGCUGAUUUGGGACUUCUGAAGAUAGUAUAAUCGAUUAAUAGGCCAAAGAUUUGAUUUCUCAACCUUUACUGGUUUCACAAUUUCAAUCCUCUAUCCUAGAUAUGGUAUUGCAGUUGAAGGCAUGUGUGAAGGUACAUGAGGAUAAAGGUGGUGGACCUGUUGUGGAUGUGAUGCGUUUUCUACUAACGUACGGGCUUGAUCCAAUAUUUUGUCAAGUAGAGAACACACCCUUCCUAAACAAAAGAGUGAAGGAAUCGGUAAGAAAGUUACUGAAAGAAACUGUGGAAUUCAGUAGAAGGGCAGUUGGUGGUGGUAAUGAGACCCAAGAGUGAUGUUUAAGGGGUUAAGGAGCAAAAUAGGAGUAAAACAUUGAUGAAAAUCUAAAAUAGGAGUUGAAACAUAAAAGCCCCAAAAUAGAAGUUGUUCACUCUGCUUUCACAACUGCCUCGUGGUUUCAUGUGAUUAUUAAAGUUAAGUUUUUUUC